UACCUGCUCUUGGACGUACUCCCUGCUCACGCUACCAGCAAAUACACCGACAAAUACAACAUGGGUCCCAACUGUACAGACGUAGGUGCCGUGCUGGAGAGAUAUUACCUGUCACCACUUUAUGGAAUUGAAUUCAGUCUUGGUUUCCUUGGCAACCUUUUGGUUGUACUUGGUUACGUAUUUUGUUUGCCGGAGUGGCAGAGCUGCAAUAUUUACCUCUUCAACCUGGCAGUCUCUGAUCUUAUUUUCCUCUGCACACUGCCACGCCUCUCCUACCUCUAUUCAAAUAACCAAUCAGAAACCAGUUCGUACGCUUGCAUUAUCAAUCGCUAUGUCCUGCACGUCAACCUUUACUCUUCCAUCCUCUUCAUGGUUUGGCUCAGCAUGGACCGCUUCCUGCUCAUAAAACACCCAACAAGGAAUCACUACCUCCUGAGGCCGCGGGUAGCAAUGAUCGUGACGGGGAUGAGCUGGCUAGCUGUCAAUGUGCAAGUCGCUCCAAUGAUAGGACUGAUGAUCCAGGACCUACAGAGACAAAAUAAUACCCGCUGCCAGGAUUUUUCCAGCUUAGAAGGAAAUGUCAAUGUUUUGGGCUACAGCUUGGGGCUAACCGUGACUGGCUACAUUCUCCCUCUGAUUGGACUUUGUGUUUUUUCCCGCCAAAUUGCACAUAUGCUGCAUGUCCAGGAAAGGGCUCUACAGCGCAGGAGAACAUUGUACAAACGGCCUCUCAGGGUUGUUGUGUCAGCUGCAGUCAUGUUUCUGGUUCUCUACACCCCCUACCAUGUCCUGAGAAAUGUCAGGAUAGCAUCUCUGCAACCCUGGGCAGGGCUGCAGCCAUGUACAAAGAUGUACAUAGAGAGCAUGUACAUUGUGACCAGACCAUUGGCCUUCUUGCACAGUGUCAUCAACCCUGUCUUCUACUUCCUCAUGGGUGACCAAUUCAGAGAACUCCUACUUUCUAAUCUCAGAAAGCUAGUCAGAAAGACAGAGCUACAAUGAGAACCAGCCUAACAUUUAAAACUAGAUUCUUGUAUAUGUACAAAAGCAUACAUGAGCAUGAUAUAUCCACACGUGAGUCAGCUCCAUCUUUAUAUAUAUGCUUUGCUAUAUUUUUUUGCUUUAAUUACUACUAUUUAAAUAAUAUUUUCACAAUUGAAAAUGUAUUUAAGAUUGUCUAGUAUUAUUAAUACUAGACAAUCUUAGACAUUAUUGUUUAUAGUGGAUCCACUACUGCUAAAAAUAUGUGCUGGUUCGCUACAUAGCACCAAAGUUUAAAAAAGUUCUGAACUGAACGAGUUAAACAACCUUAGCUAAUAUUGGGGAAAAGCUAUAACAGUGACAUUUGUUGAUUACCAAGUCUCUGUAUCCCUAGUAAACACUUUUUACUUCUUGUGACUUUAAUACAAGAGACAGGGUCUUUUUUCAUCAUUAUGAAUCACAGCACACGUGAUCCACUGUUUGAUUUGGAUCAGAAUCUCUCCUAGAAUAAGCAAAGAAAAGAAGCAAAGAUGAAAUACUAAGUCAAGUUCUGUGUGUGUAUUUCAAAUUACAUAAUAAAAAACCAAACGAGUGGUACUGAAACAGAGCCAACAAGAGAAAGAGAUUAGAGUGUAAACACAAAAUAUGAAACUCUAUAGUACAUAUAAGGUGAUAUCCUAAUUUAAUAAUGCUUUGGGAAUAUUGCACCGAGGUCACUGAGGCAGAAGGGCAUUGCAGGACACCUCAUCUUUAUACAGGUUUUAGGAUGAUUGCUGUGAUAUAUGUAUCGUUUCUGAAGUAAAAAGUUAGCCACAAAAGUCUGACAGUUAACAUAGAUAUGAAUAAAUCCAGCUUCAUUGACUUUAGCUUUAAAUUCUUAAGCACUGUAGUAGUAGUAGUGAGAAAAUCACGUUUACGCUAAGUACAUAUUUGUAUGAGCAUUGUGUGUGUUCUUACCGACGCUUACUCACAUUCCUGUGCAUGAACAGAGUAUUUAUGCACAGUCUAUACUGUUUGUAGGUAUAAUCCGUACAAAACUACGACAUUUAACAGAUUCAAAGAAUCAUUUUCUAUAAUCCAUGUCACGUUACUGUUAUUAGCCAGCCAUUGCAGAGAAGGAAUUUCGGAACAGGCCCACCAUUUAUAGGAUAUAUUUUUCAUCCACAGAGGGAUGAAUAAGUGCAUAUACAUGUACAGUAUGUGCAUGCAUACAAGGCCAGGAUAGAGAACAAUACGACCAGCAUAGCGGAGCACAUAAAUAUUCCACUCUACACUCUGGAGGCGUGAGGUGUUUUAUUUAAUGUGUCCUGAUGAACAAGGUUGCUCUGUUUGAAUCAUCCUUUUGUAUAAAUGGUUUAUUCACUCGUGUAUCAUCCUCUCGCUAUACAAAAAAAAAAAUAAUGUUUUUUUUCCCCAACCUCUUGGGUAGAAGUGUGUAGGUGUGUUUAGUGGUAGAUUUAAAGGAAAAUUUGUGAACACAGUUUGCAUUAUGUUUGCACAUCAACUGUACUCUCCCUCAGCUGUAUUAAUCCUCAACAAAUCUAACAAGGACGCAAAGUGAAUAGGGUGAGUCUGAAUCGGUCUGUGUAGAAUAUCACUCUUUAUGUAUAGUGUGCUGUACUAUUAUGUAUGAAAACAGAAAACUUCUGCUCAUCAUUCCAGUACGUCUCUUCAUACAAAAUAUAAAUAAUCAGUGGUAGUGAA